AAAGAUGCAGACAGAGAGAUCGCAGAAGGUGUUCAGGUCUUCACAGCUCUGAAGGAGUCUGUUGAAAAAGGCCUGAACGAGCUCAUGGACACGAUCAAAGAGAAGCAGAAAUCAACAGAAAAACAAGCUGAAGUUUUCAUCAAAGAGCUGGAACAGGAAAUCUCUGAGCUGAAGAAGAGAAGCUCUGAGGUGGAGCAGCUCUCACACUCUGAAGACCACCUCCAACUUCUCCAGAGUGUCCAGUCCCUGAAAGCUGCUCCACCCACCAAGGACUGGACACAGGUCAGCGUCCAUCCACCAUCAUAUGAGGGGACUGUGGUGAGAGCUGUGUCUCAGCUGGAGGAGACACUCAGUCAACAGAUGAAGAAGCUGUUUCAAUCUGAGCUGAAGAGGGUCCAGCAGUAUGCAGUGGAUGUGACUCUUGAUCCUGAUACAGCACAUUCUGAACUCAUCCUGUCUGAUGAUGGAAAACAAGUGAAACAUGGUGACAUAAAGAAGAAUCUCCCAGACAAUCCAGAGAGAUUUUCUUAUUGUGUUUGUGUUUUGGGAAAGCAGAGUUUCUCUUCAGGCAGAUUUUACUUUGAGGUUGAAGUUAAAGGAAAGACUGAAUGGGAUUUGGGAGUGGCCAAAGAGUCGAUCACCAGGAAGGGAAACAUCACACUGAGCCCUGAGGAUGGUUACUGGACCAUAUGGUUGAGAAAUGAAAAUGAGUAUGAAGCUCUUGCCGGCCCUUCAGUUAGUCUUUCUCUGAAGUCUCGGCCUCAGAAGGUGGGGGUGUUUGUGGAUUAUGAGGAGGGUCUGGUCUCCUUUUAUGACGUAGAUGCUGCAGCUCUCAUCUACUCCUUCACUGGCUGCUCCUUCACUGAGAAACUCUUCCCAUACUUUGACCCCUGUCCUAAUGAUGGUGGCAAAAACUCUGCACCUCUGAUCAUCACUCCUGUCUCUGCAACUUAAUCACAUAUCUUAUUUCAUGUAUCGAUUUAUUUCUAUCAAAGAGA